AUGUGGCGUAGUUUCUUGGGGUUGAACACCGAGCCGAAAGUUGAGCCGGAAGAAUGUGAGGAAUCUGAGCAGGAAGCCAGUGUUCAGAAGAAACCGGAACCGGAAGACCGUAAGCCCGUGGUGCAUCAACUUCCGCUGACUCCAAAGCAACGGCACGCGGAGAGCAAGCGGAAAAUGGCGGACGAGGAACCUGGAAUCCCAGCAUCGCGGAUCGUAGUCUGCAAGGCGAACGCUGAAAAGUACUACGGUGAGUACAACAGCCUUAACAACGAUAUUAUGGACGCAAAGUUGUCGGAAGAGCAGAAGGACGAGAACACAGCACGAUUCUUGGACUUCGAGCAGCUCUACGACGAUGUGCUUGAGAAGAUCGUUGAGCUCACAGCACCACCGAACCGUGUCCUAGCGGUCGUCCCUGCCGGACAGGCUGGUCAGCAGGUGAUUGUCCAACAGACGCCGUUGCGUGCACCGAUUCCAACGUUCGACGGCCAGUACGAGAACUGGCCGAAGUUCAAGUCGAUGUUCCUGGAGCUGAUGAAGAACUCGCCAGACUCGGACGCCAUCAAGCUGCACUACUUGGACAAGUCUCUGGUGGGUGCGGCGACGGGCAUGAUCGACACGAAGACGCUUCAGGACAACAACUAUGCGCACGCGUGGGAGAUCCUCGAGGACCGGUACGAGAACCAACGCCUGAUCAUCGACAUCCACAUCAACGGGAUCUUGCAGCUGAAAAGGAUGGCGAAGAAGUCGUCAAAGGAGCUGCGAGAGCUGUACGAAGAGUGUUCGAGACACGUGGAAAACUUACGGUACCACAAGCAGGAGCUGCUGGGUGUAUCGGAGUUGUUCGUCGUCAACAUUCUAUCGUCUUGCUUGGAUCGUGAGACACGCGAGCAGUGGGAAGCUACCGUCAAGAAGGGUGAACUCCCGAAGUAUGCGCAGACGAUCGAAUUCCUGAAGCAGCGGUGCGCCAUCCUGGAACGGUGCGAGCUAGCUGCCCCUGCGUCGUCUGCUGUCCGGUCGGCAGUUCCCAAGGCGGUGCAGUCCUCGAAGCCAUCGGCAAAGAUCAUCUCGGCAGCCGCGACAUCCAACGAGGCGGAGUGCGAUCUGUGUGACGGGUCUCAUGCGAAUUACAAGUGUGGCUCGUUCCGCGGCAUGAGUGCUGCGGAGAGAUGGGCUAAGGUGCGUGACGCGAGGCUGUGCUGCAACUGCUUGCGCAAGGGUCACCGAGUUGGACAGUGUCCGUCGGACCGAUCCUGCAAGUGCGGCGAAAAUCACCACAGCUUGUUGCACCAGGAGAAGAACCAGCAGCAAACCAUGCCGAAGCCAGAAGCGGCUCCGGUAUCAGCGAAGGCGCCGUUGGCAGUGUCAUCCACCAGCGUGAAGGCUGGUCCCAGUGGCACGGGUGCGCCGAAAGUGAACGACGAGAACGAGCAGCAGGCAACGUCGUGUUUCAGCAGCGGAGCGCUGAAGUCACCGCAGCAGGUUCUGCUGCAGACAGCGAUCAUCAACGGGGCGGACAAGGCCGGCAGGUUCCAUCCGUGCCGCACGUUGUUGUAUUCUGGUUCUCAGGCGCACAUUUUGUCGGAGGCGAUGGCUCGAACCCUCGGCCUAACCUUCGAAAAGUGUAACGUGACGGUCAUUGGAGCCAACGCAGUGAAGACGCAAGCAAAGAAGGGAGUCAACCUUACCUUCUCGUCGAGGUACUGUCAGUUUCAAGACAACAUCUCGUGCCUGAUUUCGGACAAGCCCACGGGACGGAUCCCGUCGGCAAGAAUCGAGACAGCUGCUUGGCACAUCCCGAGCGACGUGUUCCUGGCAGACCCGAAGUUCAGCGAGCCGCACGAGAUCGACCUGGUCAUGGCGUCGAACUACGUGUGGGACUUGCUGCGAACGGAUCGAGUGAAACUGGCGAACGGCACCGUGACUCUGCGUGAAACCGAUCUGGGCUGGAUCGUGACCGGCGUGUACGACCCGUUCCAGCAGCUGAGUUGCCAAGUCGUCCACUCGAACAUCACGCUGAAGGAUCAGCUGAACAACGCCAUCGAGAAGUUCUGGCUAGUCGAAGAACUAGCAGACAAGCAACUGCAAACCAACGAAGAACAGGAAGUGGAAGAGCACUUUCGUGGCACCCACGGCCGUGACGAAAGUGGCCGCUUCGUCGUCCAGUUGCCGUUCAAGGACACGGUUCUUGAGCUGGGCGACAACCGAGUCCAGGCGUUGAGGAGAUUCAACCUACUGGAGCGCCGUCUGUCGCGCAACCCGGAACUCCGAGAGCAGUACACGACGUUCGUCGAAGAGUACGAGGCGCUGGGUCACUGUAAGGAGAUUGAUGAGCAACAAGAUCCACCAGAAGUGCGUAAGUACUACCUGCCGCACCACGCUGUGCUAAAACCGUCCAGUUCGUCCACGAAGCUGCGGGUGGUUUUCGACGCUAGCGCGAAAGCCGGCAAGUACUCCCUGAACGAUGUGUUGAAGGUGGGACCGACCGUCCAGAACGACCUGUUUUCCAUCGUUCUUCGAUUCCGUCGCCAUCCGGUCGCUUUCACCGCUGACGUGGUGAAGAUCGAAUCUUCUGGAGGAAGAAGCCGAACGAGCGCUUGCGAGCUGAACACCGUGACCUACGGAACGGCGAGCGCCCCGUUCCUCGCGACGCGGUGUCUGGUGGAGCAGGCGGAGUCGGUGAAAGGCCGGUUCCCAGCAGCCGCCAAGAUCGUGAUCGAGGACAUGUAUGUCGACGACAUGCUGUCCGGCGCCAGCAACGAGAAGGAAGCAGUGAAACUUGUGCUGGGAGUGAAGAAGAUCAUGGAAGAGGGAGGUUUCCCAGUGAAAAAGUGGUGCUCUAACUCAGAGCAAGUGCUACAGUGUGUGCCUGAAGAAGAUCGGGCGAAGCCGAAGCCGGCUCUGGGUGUCCUGUGGGACCCACGCGAGGAUGAGUUUCGUUUUGUGAACUGUUUGGAAGAGUGCGACGACAAACCAGUCUCGAAGACGAAAGUGUUUUCGGACAUCCUUAAAGUGUUUGACCCACUGGGCUUCGUAGCCCCAGUCAUCGUGCUGGCCAAAGUGUUCAUGCAGAAGUUGUGGGCCAGCAAGAUGGACUGGUCUACCGAACUAAACGAAGAGCUUCUGUGUGAGUGGUUCGAGAUUCGAGAGUCUCUAACAGCGCUGAGCGACAUUCGUGUGCCACGAUGCGUCCUGGUGCCCAACACGGUUAUGCACGAGCUGCACGGGUUCGCUGACGCGUCGACCGUUGCCUACGGGGCCAACGUCUACCUGCGGUGCAUCCGCGGGAAAGGGUCAGCCGAGGCCAACCUGUUGUGCGCAAAAUCCCGAGUGGCUCCGCUGAAGAAGCUGUCCGUGCCGAACCUGGAGCUGUGUGCAGCGCUGUUGCUUGCGUGGCUCGUCGUGAAGGUCAUCGAGACGCUGGAUCUGGAGCUGUCCGUUAUUGAGCUGUAUUCGGACAGCCAGAUAGUGCUUGCAUGGCUGAAGAAGGAUCCGAAUCUCCUGGAGACCUUCGUGCGCAACCGCGUCAUCCAGAUCCUCAAGUUCACAGGUAAGUUCCGUUGGAAUUACGUGAGGUCAGCCGACAAUCCAGCAGACAUCGUCUCUCGUGGGAUGAGUCCCAAACUCUUGAGUCGAUGUCCGAAGUGGUGGAAGGGGCUUCUACCGCUGACGAGCGCUGCCUACGUUCCUGAAGAACCCCCCGAACUCGAGGACAACGAGCUGCCAGGGCUGGUAGCCAUCGUCUACAACAGCGAUUCUCAACGGGGGUACCGGGCCUACUUGAUUUGCAGUGUAGGGGGUACUGACCUAGAAGAAGAAGAAUCGCUGGUCUACAAAGUCACCGUCGUCGAAGAGAUGCCGGUGUUCAAACGGUUCGGUGAGUUCCGGAAACUCCAGCGCGUGAUCUGCUACGUGCGUAGAUUCGUCCAGAACUGCAGGAACAAGAAGUCUGGACAACCAAGGACAACGUGCGCCUACGUGACAGUUCCUGAAACGAGAGCGGCGUUAAAGUCCAUCAUCUGGUCGAUUCAAAUGGCAGCCUUACCAGAUGAGUUUUACCUAGCGAAGAUCGAACAAGCAUCCAGCCAGCUCGCGAGCCUGGCACCAAUCGUUGACGAGGACGGUCUGCCGAGAGUCGGCGGACGUCUGGAACAUUCGAGCCUCCCGUACGAGGCCAAGCAUCCCGUGAUCCUGUCCCGUCAUCACGUGACUACGUUGCUGGUCCGAGCGCUGCAUGUGGAGAACCUGCAUGUCGGCCCCUCCGGAUUCCUGGCCAUCGUUCAACAGCAGUACUGGCCGCUGAAGGCGCGCAACGUAGUGCGCGACGUGACUCGCAAGUACCUGCAGUUCUUCAAGGCCAACCCACGCAGGAUUGCACAGUUCAUGGGACAGCUUCCAGCGGAACGAGUGAACGUUGCAGCCCCCUUCGAGUACACCGGCGUGGACUACGCUGGACCUGGGACGGUGAAACAAGGCAAGUACAGACCCAAACUUACCAAAGCCUACAUUGCCGUGUUCGUUUGUCUGGUCACCAAGAACAUCCACCUGGAAUUGGUGUCAGACUUGACAACCGAGGCCUUCUUGGCCGCCCUGGAUCGCUUCGUCAACCGACGAGGCAUGGUGCGCAAGAUCUUCUCCGAUAACGCGACGAAUUUCGUCGGGGCGUCACGAUCUUUGCGCGAAAUGCACGAGCUCUUCAACCAUCGAGUGGAGCUUCAUCCCGCCCAGGGCUCCCAACUUCGGCGGAUUGUGGGAGGCGGGCGUGAAGAGCGUCAAGACACACCUGAAACGAGCACUGCGCUUAGCUUCGAAGAGUUUGCUACCAUCUUGACGCACGUUGAAGCGGUCUUGAACUCUCGGCCGCUCUUCAGCUUGUCGGACAGCCCCGGAGAUCCUCUUCCGAUAACUCCGGCGCAUCUUCAACUCGGCAUGCCGCUGCGUCCUAUCGCCAAGCCCUCCCGCAGCGGUGUCGCGGACAACCGUCUGAACCGCUGGGAGUACCUGGACAAGCUUCGUGAGUGCUUCUGGGGCCGCUGGUCCAGAGAGUACUUAACGAGUCUACAGAAUCGUGCGAAGUGGACCAAGAAAUCGCACAACCUGCAGCCCGGAAUGCUGGUCCUCUUAGUCGAGGACAACUUCCCGUCGCAGACCUAG